AUGCACAAGUGGAAUUUGAAUAAGAAUUUAAUCUCCAAUGAGGAUAACAAAGAGAUCUCAGAAUCCGUAAACUUUAAUAAAGAAGUAAACACAUUGGGCAUUAUAUGGAAUCCAAAACGAGAUACCUUUCAAUAUCGAAUCAAUUUAAAACCGCAUUUAUCGAAACUCACCAAGAGAGUUAUAUUGCCAGUUGCUUCGAAAAUAUUCGACCCAUUGGGAUCGAUUGGACCAAUAACCGUUCAGUCCAAGCUACUACUUCAAAAUCUCUGGCGGUCCAAGGUUGGAUGGGAUAAUCCCGUUCCUGCUGAAUUGCAAUCAAAAUGGACACAUUUUCGUGCUCAACUGCAGAGCAUCUCUAAAAUCUCAAUUCCACGAUACGCCUUUAGCAACGAUUACGUUUCUUCAGAGUUGCAUGGUUUCUGCGACGCUUCAGAACUCGCUUAUGGUUGUUAUUACAUCAAAACUGAAAACUCACAGGGAGAUGCAACUGUAAAUUUAUUGUGUGCGAAGUCGAGAGUAGCACCAGUAAAGUCUAUUUCAUUAUCAAGACUAGAGCUUUUGGCAGCAUUGUUGCUUGCCCGACUCUAUCAACAAGUAACUAAAGCUUUGACAAUUAAGCCAACGUCAACGCAUUUAUGGAGCGAUUCCACGAUUACGCUUGCAUGGAUAAAGGGUGAAUCCUCUAGAUGGGUGCCAUUUGUGGCAAAUAGAGUCACUGAAAUUCAAAAACUAACCGAUCAAAUAGAGUGGCAUCACGUUGACUCGAAGGGAAACCCUGCAGAUAUUAUAUCCAGGGGAAUGAACCCUGAACAGUUAAACAGUUGUCUCCUCUGGUGGAAUGGACCGAAGUGGCUAAAGACGAAAGAUUAG